UACGAUGUAAGAAACGAGGAUUAGAAAUGUCUGUAACGAACACAACAUAGAGGUGUUCUGGAGACAUAAAACAACAUUUACUGCUCACUUCUGGAAAUGUUAGGAUCGUUGCCAUGACAACGUAAACAGUGACCACUGCAACGAAACAACUCCAAAGCAGAUCGUGCCAAUAAACGAGUGUAGCAAAAUGAUCUCACUGGAUAAGAGUCUCUUGAAAUAUGAUAAUCCAGUUCUGGUGAAAACCACAGAUGUUAAGUCACCAAGGGCACGUGUUUUGAGAGUGAGAGCAGAGCAACCUGCCACCACAACCAUCCCUGUACCACCACCUCCCAAACUGGAAUCAGUUCUAACUGAGGUUAACAAGCAGCAAAAUGAGGAGAUCCUCAAUUCCAUGCUUCCACCAAGGGAAUGGAUGGAAGAUGGCCAUCUGUGGGUGCAGCAAGUGUCCACUGCACCUUGUACCCGGACAGAUGUGGUGCAUCUCGGUGAAAAACUGGAUCUGAAGCUGCAGCAAAGGCAAGCCAGAUCCACUGGCAUUUGUCCAAUCCGCAGAGAGCUCUAUUCCCAGGUUUUUGAUGAGCUGAUCAGACAGAUGACAAUCAACUGCGCUGAGAGAGGUCUGCUGCUGCUGCGGGUUCGAGAUGAGAUUCAAAUGACCAUCGCUGCCUAUCAGGCGCUAUACGAGAGCAGCAUGGCAUUCGGCAUUAGGAGUGCACUGCAGGCUGAGCAGGGAAAGGCCGACAUGGAGAAAAAAGCGCAUCUUAUUAAAGAGAGUCCUGAGCAGCUUGCUGAAACAAUCCCAGUUCCAUCGCCUUCACCUCUCCAAUCCAAAUCACUGCCAGAGGCCAACCAACAGCAGAACAAAGAGAUUCUCAAUGCUAUCCUUCCACCAAGGGAAUGGAUGGAAGAUGGCCAGCUUUAUGUUCAGCAAGUGUCCAGUGUACCUGCUACUCAGAGAGACGUGGUGCAGCUUCAUGAGAAACUGGAUCUGAUGCUGUGGCAAAGGCACGCCAGCGGCACUGGCAUUUGUCCUAUUCGCAGAGAACUCUACUCCCAGUGUUUUGAUGAGCUGAUCAGACAGGUGACCAUCAGCUGUGCUGAGAGGGGUCUGCUGCUGCUGCGGGUUCGAGAUGAGAUUCAAAUGACCAUCGCUGCCUAUCAGACGCUGUACGAGAGCAGCACAGCCUUCGGGAUUAGGAAAGCACUGCAGACUGAGCAGGGAAAGGCCGACUUGGAGAAAAAAAUUUGUGAUCUGGAGGAGGAGGCAGAAGAGCUGAAGAAGCAACUGGAUGAACAGAAAACAAAAUGCGAUGCUACUGAAAAAAGGGAACAUGAAAGGUGCCAGAUGCAGGAAAAGCAGUACACAGAGGAGAUUAAUUUCCUCAAGAAAUCCAACCAGCAUCUCAAGAGUCAGCUGGAAAGCAUCACUACACCGAAGACAUAACUUCCAAGACAAGGAUCGAUUUUCUUGUACUUUAUUAUAAA